GUUCAAUGAUUCGUCCUCCUCUCCUCUCCCCCCUUGUCGUCGACUCCAACCGAUCCGGCGUGCCAUCACACGGCAACCACCCCGCAUCAUACACGCAUAGUAUACGCAACCACAGCCCACCCGUACCUCCCCGCCGCCCCAACAGCCGCCAUGGCCUCCGAGGCUCGCAAGAGCGCCGCCGGAGCGCGCCCGCCUCCCCGCGACUUCCUCGCCCACCUGGAGGCCUACCUCGCCCGCCGCGACGGCGUCGACAAGCUCCUCAAGAUCUCCCGCUACGCCGCGCGCCUCGCGCUCGCCGCUGGGCCGCUGCCCCCGCCCGCCUCCGCGCGCCUCAAGUCCUUCGAGUCCAGCCUCGGCCUCAGCCGCAAGGCCUUCCGCCUCGGCAAGUUCGUCCAGGACGUUAACGCCCUCCGCGCGCACCCUGGCCUCCUCCCUCCGCCCUUCGUGCUCCUCGCCUACGGCGGCGAGGGCGUCUACUACUUCAUCGAGCAGUUCGUCUGGCUCGCGAAAGCUGGCCUCCUCCCGGCGCACCUCCUCCCCCGCCUCCAGCGCCUCAGCGCCUGGGCUGAGCUGCUGGGAUACGUCGGCUCCAUCACCAUCAAGCUGGAAGAGGUGGCGAAGAUGGAGUCUUCAAUCAGGAUGCGGCUGGCAGAGGGUUGCGGGGAGGAGAACGAGGCGGCGAGGACGAUGCGGGGGAAGCUGCUGCUGAAGCGACUGUCCGUUGUGCAGGACGUGGCGGACGCCUUCAUGGCGCUAGGGGACGUGACUAACGGGAAGGGGUUGCUCGGUAGCUCCACGCUGACGGCGUCUGCCGGAUUGCUGUCGGCGCUGAUCAGCACGCACAAGAACUGGAAUUCUUGCUGAAGUCUCAAGGUAUAUAUAGGUUUUAAAACAUGGUUGACAAUAGGAUGAAUAAAGCUGAAAUUUAGGCAAAAACUGUAUUGGUAAAUGAAAGCGUUGCUUCUGUAAUCUAGAUGCCGGUGUUGGUGGUAUGGGUGGAAUUCAUGCUGAUGCAUUUGUUGGUUGGGGAACAGAACACUGAUGCUGCUCGUGAUCAAUUUCACCAUAAUCAUUUGGGAUGUUUUAUUUCGUCAAAAA